AUGGCUCUAAGCAGUUUAAAAUCAAACCUUCAAUUCGCCACCCUAAAGACACUGUCUUUAGUAUCAAUCAGUGCGAUGACUCCUCAACAAAGCGUCAAAGAGGUGUUGAGGACAGCUGAUUGCGUGUGCUUCGAUGUCGAUUCAACAGUCAUCAAGGACGAAGGAAUUGACGAGUUGGCGAAAUUCUGCGGAAAAGGCGAAGAUGUUAAAAGACUAACUGCAGAAGCGAUGUGCGGUAACAUGACGUUCCAGGAGGCGUUAAAGAAGAGGCUGGAUAUCAUACGACCCACCGUCGGCCAAAUUAAAGAAUUCUUAGAGAAAUUUCCUAUUCACCUUACACCGGGUGUUGCGGAACUAGUGAAGGUACUACAAGAACGAGGUGUGGCCGUAUAUCUUGUAUCUGGUGGCUUCAGAAGUCUCAUUGACCCAGUGGCAGAUCUCCUUUCAAUACCCAGGAGUAAUGUUUACGCCAACAGACUCAAGUUUUACUUUAAUGGUGAAUACGCGGGUUUCGAUGAGAACGAGCCUACGUCUCGGUCUGGUGGCAAGCCCCUGGUAAUAAGGCGACUGAAGGAGCAACACGGCUACCAGAAGCUGGUUAUGAUUGGAGAUGGUGCAACUGACGCGGAAGCCAGUCCGCCCGCUGAUGCUUUUAUUGGUUUUGGCGGGAACGUCGUACGGGAGGAAGUACAGAAGAGAGCGCCCUGGUUCGUAACAAGCUUCCAGGAAUUGACAGAUGCUCUCAAAGUUCAAAAGUGA